CAGCCAGCCUACCAUCGGCCAGUGGCCAGCAGCCAGCUUCUAUUUGCCAUUGCCCAUUGCAGCACGCUUGCCCACCUCCUGCGAUCUGCGGCACCACACCCUUCCGACCUUGUGUCAAAACAUUUCUAACCCUUAUGCAACGCAAGCUCCUUCUACACCUCUUUUGCUCCUGAUUGUAUCGCCGACAAGACUUUCCUUAGAACUUGCCAUAUUCAAUCCCCAUAUCAUCAUCAAAAUACAAUACCAACAAUCGCUGAAUUUAUCGCAGUUGUCAAUUUGUCUUUUGUCUAGUUUCCAAUUCCCAUUGCUGGUAAAUCGAAUAAAGCAUAUUAAGAUCGCCAACAAUGGCAGCUCCUGGUGUUCAAUCGUUGAAGUGCGUCGUUACGGGUGAUGGUGCCGUCGGAAAGACAUGUCUUCUCAUUUCCUACACGACAAAUGCCUUCCCGGGUGAAUAUAUACCUACCGUAUUCGACAACUACUCCGCAAGUGUCAUGGUUGAUGGCAAGCCCAUCAGCUUAGGGCUUUGGGAUACUGCUGGUCAGGAAGAUUACGAUAGGCUGCGACCGCUCUCCUACCCCCAGACCGAUGUCUUCUUGAUCUGCUUCUCUAUCGUAAGCCCGCCAUCAUUCGACAACGUAAAAGCCAAGUGGUAUCCCGAAAUCGACCACCAUGCGCCGAAUAUUCCUAUCAUUCUGGUCGGAACUAAGCUGGAUUUGCGAGAGGACCCCGCCACCCUGGAAAGCUUGAGGGCGAAGAGGAUGGAACCCGUCUCAUACGACCAAGCCUUGGUUUGCGCGAAAGAGAUCCGUGCCCACAAAUAUCUGGAAUGCUCAGCUCUUACGCAGCGAAAUCUUAAGAGUGUUUUCGACGAGGCUAUCAGAGCCGUCCUCAACCCUAGGCCCGUGACAACGAAAGGAAGCACCAAGAAGAGCAAAUGCACGAUCCUAUAAACGGAUAGCAGAUGUUCCUGUCGCGUUGUUGAUACAUUUCCAUGUUUUUGGUCGAGCGAGCCAGAAAGUUUUGCGAAACGAUGAAGGCGUUUUUGGUGGACAUAUAGGAAAGAUUACUUAUCCUCCAUGAGGAACCGACGUAUUCAGGCAUCUUCGAAGUUGGCCGACUACCCAUAUUUCGCGUCCCCUCAUUUGAAACCUACAUACCCACAGACGUAUCUUUGGUGGCCGUGUUUUUGUUGUUGCACACCAUGGGAUAUUUCGACCAUGACAGAAUUAAGGAGGAGAAGGGGGAAGAAAGCAGGUUGCUAGAAAUCGCAAGAGACCGUCAGCAGAAGGAAACCCGGAGCAUAUUCUAACACGGAAACCUGAGAAGUCUUUUCGUCGUGCUUAAGAGUUCUGACGCAGAUUACCAACAAGACUUGUAUGCUGCC